AUGUAUUACGAAGAGUUUAAAAUCUAUGAAGAGAUUUUUAUUUUUGAAACCUAUGAAUUAAUUGCUCCUUUAUAUUUAACAAUUCCUAACGAUAAAACCUUAAAUGUAUAUUUUCAACUUAUCGAUGAUACUCCUAUCGAAUUUUACUAUGACUCAAAUUUGUUCGAUAGUGAAUUUUUUAUCAAAGCGGAGUAUGCAAAGAUUAUUAGUUAUUCGAAAAGUAGAUUUGUGAAGUUUCAAAAUGUUACUUCUUUCGACCAUUACGAGAAUACCAUUGAAGCCGAUAAAAUCGAAUAUAUAAUGUAUUAUCCAGAUGGAUUAUUUUAUCGGGACUACAUUGAAAAGGGAUUUUAUCGUAAAUCUGGAACAUAUAUCAAAUAUUUUAUUUUAACAAAUACUUAUACUUUUGUUGAUUCUAAAAGUAUGCAUACUCUUGAGAGGUUAAUGGUUUUUUAA